UUGAGAAUUGAAAUUCGGAAAACCUUGAUUUCAAUUUUCAAGAAAUAAGAAUUUUUAAGUUUUGUUUUUAAAUUUUUGGUGCAGAAAAAUUUAAAUUGUCGAGCUUGAGCUAACCAUUACAAAUCACGGCAACCUAAAAUGGAAGGCGACGGAGCUGAAAAAUCUUUUUCGGGAAUACCAGAAGCCGUGUUUGUAGACAAUGUUGAUGAGUUUAUGAGCUUACCAGAUAAUACUGAAGGUGUUGACAAGGUACUAAGACGGUUAGAUGAACAACAUGGAAAAUAUAAAUUCAUGGAGUACACACUAAACACAAAAAGGAGACGUCUUCGCCAACAAAUACCAGACCUAGCAAGAUCAUUAGAUAUGAUUGAAAAAUUAAAUACUCAAAAAGAAGAUAUGGAAACACAGUUCCUUUUGAGUGACCAAGUUUUUGUUAAGGCUAAUUUAAUGCCCACAAAGACCGUAUAUUUAUGGCUUGGAGCUAAUGUCAUGUUGGAGUACUCAUUAGAAGAUGCUGAAAAACUGCUUACAACAAAUAUGGCAACUGCUAAGAAAAACCUAUCUUGUGUUGAGCACGACUUAGACUUUUUAAGGGAUCAGUGGACAACCACGGAAGUUAAUAUGGCUAGAGUAUACAAUUGGGAUGUCAAGAAGCGGCAAGCUGCUAAAAUUUCUAGUUAAAUACAGAAACAUUACAGUACCAUCACAUUAUUUUUCACAGCAUAAAAUUUAACCUUUAUAUAUAGAACUAUGUUCUAUUAAAAUACUAAUAAUAUGGUUUUGUAUUUCUUAGUUCCAAUAUUAUUUGCUCGACCUACAGAAAUUAAUAAUGUUAAUUAAUAAUUAUGCUUUAUUUUACUUAGUUUUCUAAUUUAAAUAAUAAACCAUAUUAAAAUUUGAUAAAACUCUUUCCUUGGCUCUCUCUUCCUAAAAGCUAUGCUUAUAUUAGGUCAUAAUAAUGUUUUAGUUCACUUGUUUUUAUUGUAACUGGCUGAAAACUGCUAAUUUUUUUUUAAACGCAAUGCCAUAGUUUGAAACAGUAAUGUUUUUUAGAAUAUUUUAGUAUAAUUGAACCCCAACAGACAACCCAGAAUAAACAAUAACGAAAAAAAA